AGCGCCGCGCCCAGCAGCAGCUCGACCUCGCGCUGCGAAACAGAGCCGGGCCGCGCCCAGCAGCAAGGGCGACUCAGGAGAAUGGACAUCAGUCACAGUCACGAGGACGUGCUUGCGCUCGACAAGCAGAUUGAGGAGCUCAAGGAGUGCAAACCGCUCUCCGAGGCCGAGGUGGAAGUGCUGUGCCAGAAGGCGCGCGAGGUCCUGAUGGACGAACCGAACGUGCUCACCGUCGCGCCACCGAUCAUCAUCUGCGGCGACAUCCACGCGCAGUACCACGACCUCAUCGAGAUCUUCCGGAUCGGCGGGCCGUGCCCCGACACCAACUACCUGUUUAUGGGCGACUACGUCGACCGCGGCUACUACUCCGUCGAGACAGUCACGCUGCUGAUCACGCUAAAGGUGCGCUACCGGGAGCGCAUCUUUCUGCUGCGGGGCAACCACGAGUCAAGACAGAUCACGCAGGUCUAUGGCUUCUACGACGAGUGCUUGCGCAAGUACGGCAACGCGAAUGUCUGGAAGCUGUUUACCGACCUGUUCGACUGCCUACCCCUCGGCGCGCUCGUCGACUCGCAGAUCUUCUGUGUACAUGGCGGCUUGUCGCCGUCGGUGGACUCGCUCGACCAGGUGCAGCAGCUGCCGCGGGAGGACGACACGCUGAAGACACGUCCACGACACGUCCACCGACUCGGCCACGACGAACCUUCUAGGUGGGGCGUCUCGCCGCGCGGCGCGGGCUACACGUUCGGGCAAGACAUCUCCGAGCAGUUCAACCACACAAACGGCCUCAUGCUUGUGGCGCGCGCGCACCAGCUGACCAUGGAGGGCUACACGUGGUGCCACGAGCGGAACGUCGUCACCGUCUUCUCGGCGCCGAACUACUGCUACCGCUGCGGCAACCAGGCCGCCAUUCUUGAGGUGGACGAGCACCACAAGUACAACUUCAUCCAGUUCGACCCGGCGCCGAGGCGAGGAGAGCCGCACGUCUCGCGCAGGGCGCCCGACUACUUUCUGUGACGCCCCCGGGCCCGCAUGAGAACAAUCAUUGUCCGACAGUCGCGGGGCGGGGGGGUGUGUCUCGAGCUCCACGGCGCAUGUGGGCCAUGUCACGUCUUUCAAUCUCCGGAGGGCGGGGAGCGGGGCGAGCGGCCCGGGCACGCAGCGGGGAUAGUUUCGUUGAGCGCCCCCCCCGUGAGACGGGGGGGGGUUUUGAGGCCGCCGUCGCCGCGUUGUACUUCUCUAGUACUGUAUUUUGUGCUGGGGCAUGCGUGGUACUCGCGUAU